AAUAGCCAGAAAAUAUAACGAAAAAAUAUUAGUGUACCCAUUCGCUAUGUACGGAUUUCAAAAAAACUCUCCGCAUCCCUGCACCUGACAACGCAGCGAGCGAAAACAUAAACAACCCUGUGCGUCACCGCACUUCGAGCAGUGAGGCCAAUAUACGACAGCAAACCCAACAGUCUGUGACGUGACAAUAACAUCGCGCGAGAAAAACAUUGACAAAGGUGGCUUCGUGUUUUUCAACGCUUUGUUCAUCCUCCCGAACAUAAAGUUAGAAUUCAACGGCAAAUGUGAGCAGGAUCGCAGUACUUCAACUUUGACAUUGACAGCGCUAUACGUGCAACUGCGGCUGUCAUUUGUUUAAAAAAAAAAAUACUGAGAACAGUUUAUAUUCUCACGUGAAAGUUCUUGGAAUCUAAAAGAUGAGAGGAUUGCUUUCCCCUCAGUUCCUGCUGUUACUAAUAGCAUGUGUGCAAGCGGCGAACAUCACAACCGGCAACAAUAAUGCUGGAAAACUUCAAAAUUCGAACAGCAGGAAUCAAAGCUCUCAGAAUGAUAUCGAUCCCGUCGUGAUCAAUGGAUACGUUGUCACUGACCGAAGACUGGGAUUCGCACACUUGGCCAGGAUCGUUUUUGAGCCCUUUCCUUCUCUUCAAAGCCAGUGCACCGGGUCACUAAUAUCACCUAGCUUUGUUUUGACUGCGGGUCAUUGCUUGGUGAAAGGAGUGUUUAAAAUUUUCCGCUGGAAAUACAAAAACUUCAACGUCACUCUGGGUGAUCUAUCGACUUCUGAGACAGGAGAAACCCACGAACAUACUCGCUCAGGAAUUCCGCUGCCUUUUCCGUUUUACCCGAAAUUCAAAACGGCGAUAGACCCCACGGAUAUCGGCCUAUUGAAAAUUUCUCCUCAGGCAAACAUAACGGAUUACACAAAGCCAAUCGCAUUGCCGCCGAGUUCGUUUGAGUUGCCUUUGAACGCCACGGUCACAGUUGCUGGCUGGGGAGUCAGCGAAACAGGCGGAGAUGCUUCCGAUCUUCUGCGGUGGGGUUCAGCGCAAGUUGAUGACAGUGAAGCCUGCAGCGCGAAAUUGAGUACGAAGCAAAUUUGUCUUUUUGAUCAAGCCAGAUUGCAAUCAUCUUGCAACGGUGACAGUGGAGGGCCCGUAAUGUAUGAUGGUUAUGUUGUGGGCACAGUUUCGUAUGGCACAACCGACUGUCCCCUGGAUUCCGCUUGGGGAGCAGUUCGAGUGUCAGCAUAUGUUACCUGGAUUCAAAUACACACAGGAACUCUGUAAUGAUAACAGAAGUAUCUCAAAGUACCUCGCGACAAUGAAGAAAAUAAAAUGUGUGUGUUACGUG